UUGAAAAUCACUUCCUCCUCAUCUCUUCUGAAGGUCUUCAGGUUGGUUUGCUUUGGGUUUUUGGCCGGUUGGUUGGUUUUGUUUGGGAGGGAAGGCUUGGUGCCGAUUCCUGCUGCCACAUUUGAUUUGCAGAACUCUGCAGUCACAUAGCACACCAUCCGUCUGCUCGUAAGCCAAGUGGAUUUCUCAGAAGUUGAGCUUUAUCGGCCGUCUCUUUCUGCGGCUUUCCCAGUGGGAUAGAAAGAAAUUAAAUUUAAACCCGGCUUUAAAUUAUUCAGAGGUAAUUGAGUCUGGAAAGUCAUACUCGAGAACGAUCAGCCGGUAAAGUACCAAAAUGCGAUUUUGGGGGAGAGGAAAUGGGGAGGAUUUGGGAGAACUGACGCGUCACACCAGGCACAACGAAACCACUGCUGUUAUCGCUCCUUGUAGUGCAGGGCACGAGCUGCUCCUUCAUCCUGGCGAUGCGGAACGCAGUUCCCUGCCCGCAUCGCUUCUCCCCAGAACGAACCGGCACCGCACCGCGCUUCGCCCCGGCACCUCUCCACGUCUCCACCGCGCCUGCGCGCUCCCGCCCCGUCGCCAGGACGACAGCAGCCCGCGGCAUGUCGCUGCCCGAGCCCCUGCGGCGCCGGCUGGGCUCCUUCAGCCGCACCGUUUUCACCGACAGCCGCCACGCCGGCCCGCAGUACCCCAGCGAGCGCGCAGAUAACGAAAUACUUUCCAGUUUACCACUACAGAUGUCCCUCUAUUUCAACGUUUACUUUUUCCCAUUUUGGUGGCUCAGCACAGUUGUUAUGCUCCAGCUGAAGUAUCCAGUCUUGUCAGAUUACUACAAAUUCAUCCUGGUCACAAUCAUGAUCCUGACUUCUAUAAUAGAGGUCAUUCGACUCUACCUGGGAUACAUGGGCAACCUGCAGGAGAAGGUCCCUGAGCUGGCUGGGUUUUGGCUCCUGACUCUCCUUCUGCAGUUACCUGUAAUUCUCUUCUUGCUAUUUAAUGAAGGUCUGAACAUUCAGCCAUUGGAAAGAUCAGUUAAUAUCAUCUUUGCCCUCUUCCUCAUCUUCCAAGUUAUUGCAGCCUUUGUCACCCUGAAAAGAAUGGUAAACAAACUGGCAGCUCACUUCCACCUUAAUGAAUUUGACAGGCUAGAGGAAAACCCUGCGCGUCAUCAUUAUGGCUCAAGUAAAGAAGGGAAUAUACUUCCCAUGGCUAGUAUGGGUCCAUGCUGAGGAGUAUCAUACAACAAGUUUGGGCUGGGGAUCAAGCACUCAGGGCCUGAGACACUAACAGAGGCAGGCCUUAUGAUGCUACAACUCUGUUCCAUUUUGUUGGGUCAUUAUCUAUACUUCUACUUCAGAGACAUUAAGAAAUAGACCGUAAGUGCCAACAUUAAACCUCAGAGUUGAGCUCCACUCUGCAAGAAAAAUCAAAGCCAGUGAUGUAAGUUGCUGAAUGGACCAAUUAAUUUGCACACUGUUACUGGGUAAAGUACCUACAGGGUAAGUUUAUGGGUUUUACAUCUUAAAAAGUCAUGUGCCAUUUCUGAAGAACAGAAAUCUAUUUUCCUAACUGUUUGCACACAGACAUAUUUUGUUUACAAUAAAUUCUUUUUGUAUGUUUGUAUUUACAUCAGUUUUUUGUCUAUUCUUCCAGAUGCUGUAGAUAUGUAGUUAAGCAAAAACAAGCAAGAAUCUUGAAGCCUAGAAAAAACAGUAGGGGUGGCAGUGAUGAGAGACUACAGCUUGGGGUGGUCUUCCAGAUAAUUCCAGCACUAGGAAUUCCUUACUAAUAAACUAGGGUGGAGUUGUGAAAGUAUUCUUUCGCUCAAAACUCCUGCACUCCUCCUCUUCUUCAGUUUCAGUAAUUGCUGAAUGCUCAUUUUUUUCUGUCAGGGAGGGAUAAAAUAAAAUGCAUUUUUCAUCUGAAUCCUUAGUUUUCAGUAGGACAAAAGUAAGCAAUUUUCAGAGCUGGCACAAACAUCCAGACUGCUCGAAGAAAGGUAAAGAAGUCUGAUGUGAAAAAGGCAGAGUAUACUUAAAGCUGUUGUGUGGUUAAAGCUCAUAGAACCUUUGUGAAAAAGGAAAGCGUUGCACUUUGUUUUAUGCCAGAACUCUUUGUUUCAGUGCAUGAGUGAACAUACAACACAUUCUAUUGAGUUUCCUUUUCUUAUUUUGUUAUUGUAGACUGUACACUAUCAAGGCACAUACCCCU